AUGUCGAGCUUCAUCACCAAUCUGUUUCCCUCCUCCAGCGGCGGGAAACAGGAGAAUGUUCUUCAAGCUCCGCCCCCUCUUCACACCCGCCAGAGCCAAAAUGAGAGGCCGAGUACGCCAGAUCGGGCCAACUUCAUCACGCCGAUUUCAACUCCUCAAGGCAGCCCAAGCAAAAACCGAAACCCUCCUGGUGCCAAUGAUCUUCCGGUUGCCUUCGAAAACGCCAUGAAGCUUACACCAGCAGCACUUAGCAGUCCCACGAAGACUGGCCGUCCGUUGACAGCUGCCCCGCUAUCCCCUGGGAAGAGCAAUGCAUUAACAGUGGAUGAUUCGUACUUCGGAAACUCGUCCGGCGCUGUUGAUGAUAGUAUCAUACAUAAGACUUCCGUACCGCCCGCUAGUCCACUUCGAAACCAAGGGCAAGAGAACACACCACCAGUUUCCAGGCACGGACUCGAGUCGGUUGGACAGAAUUUUGCGGCUAUAUCCAGACAGGAACUAUAUCAACCGAGAGAUCAAACUCCGCCAAAGAAAUAUAAUACUCAGCGGGGACUAACAGCGGAGGAAUUGGAACUACUACACAAGCCCAACGUGAAACGACUAGCCAAUGUUACACAGCUCUACUUUUUAGAUUACUACUUUGACCUCCUGACCUACGUUGGAGCCCGCCAGAACCGACUUAACCAAUUCCAAUCCGAAUACCCUGCACCACCAGAAACACCCGAAGAAACCUACAACCCACUGUGGCAGAAAUAUGCCGGCAGGGAACGUGCAAAUCUUCGAAAGCGCCGUGUCCGUCUUCGCCAAGGAGAUUUCCAAAUCCUUACACAAGUUGGGCAAGGAGGCUAUGGACAAGUUUUCCUCGCCCAAAAGAAGGAUACGAGAGAAGUCUGUGCAUUAAAGGUUAUGAGCAAGAAACUCCUGUUCAAGCUUGAUGAAAUCAGGCAUGUUCUUACAGAGCGUGAUAUAUUGACGAACGCGAAGAGUGAAUGGCUUACGCGACUACUUUACUCAUUCCAAGACGAGAAGAGUAUCUACCUUGCUAUGGAAUACGUCCCAGGUGGGGAUUUUAGAACUUUACUCAAUAAUACUGGCGUCCUUGCUAACCGACAUGCUCGAUUUUACAUUGCUGAGAUGUUCUGCGCUGUCGAUGCGCUCCAUCAACUUGGUUACAUCCAUCGGGAUCUGAAGCCGGAAAAUUUCCUCAUUGAUUCGACGGGCCACGUUAAGCUUACUGAUUUCGGACUGGCUGCUGGCAUGCUCGCCCCCGGUAAGAUCGAGUCGAUGCGAGUGAAGCUCGAGAGGGUUGGGGAGACUUACGUACCAUUUGGCAAGCCAAUGGACCAGCGAACAAUUGCAGAGCGCCGAGAAGGAUAUCGAUCAAUGAGAGACCGAGAUGUCAACUAUGCGAAAUCAAUUGUAGGCUCCCCUGAUUAUAUGGCUCCGGAGGUCCUGAAAGGUGAUGAAUAUGAGUUCUCGGUGGACUAUUGGAGUCUGGGCUGUAUGCAUUUUGAGGCUCUGACGGGCUUUCCCCCAUUCGCGGGUGCCACAGUUGAUGAGACUUGGAAGAACCUGAAGCAUUGGAGAGAGGUUUUGAAGCGACCAGUCUGGGACGAUCCUAGUUACUUUAUCAGCAACCGGACCUGGAACUUUAUCACGAGCUGUAUUGCUUCCAAGUCCAAGCGAUUCUCGUCAAUCAAGGACGUUUACGCUCACCAAUAUUUUGCCGAGGUUGACUGGAACACGGUUCGCUCCCAGCGCGCACCUUUCGUCCCAGAACUUGACUCCGAGACUGAUGCUGGUUACUUUGACGACUUCAGCAAUGAAGCAGAUAUGGCCAAGUACAAAGAGGUCCACGACAAGCAACAAGCGUUGGAGGGGAUGGCCGAUAGAGAGGACCCUAUGAGCAAGAGUUUGUUUGUCGGAUUUACAUUUAGACACCGCAAGCCAACCACGGAUGAAAGUGGCAAGCCGAGUAGCCCAAGGAAGGGCAUUGCCACUGACGGAACGUUUGGCACCAUCCUGUGA